AAAUAAAUAAUAAAACCAACAUACAUAUGCACCGGGGAAUGCAAGUUAACCGCAAUCGCAUAAAUUAGGAAAAUAAUCGAAAAAUUAAAUCGAAUGUUGCACCGCAUAGUUGUGUAUAAUUUUGCGUUGCCAUAUCAUAAGUGAAUUUCCAUUAAAAAGAUAAAAAAUAAAGAAACACCACACUUGCCACAUAUUAUGAGUGGUUGUGCAUAUAAGAAUGUAUGAUUGUUGAUUGAAAGCCAAAAAAAAAAAAGAAUUCGAACGCAAGAAAUCGCCAAUAAUUCACUCACUCGAGGUGAAUACAGCGUCAUCAGCAGCGCUCAAGUGCACCGCAAGUUAACCUACAACAAAAACAACUGCGAUAAAAACUAGAACUAGUGUUUGCUAUUGUUGUUGUGUUGUUCUUCGCUGUGAGGGUACACGCAUUUCUCACCAUAUUUGGCAUUUCGGCCGAGAUUAUCUCGCACACAUCCUAUUGCAUCGCAUCGCUGCAGUUUUGCUGAUUGUAUGGCAUUACAAUUUUAAAUCAACAACACCUUUCUUUUUUUCGCUUUCAAAAGCCACACAAUGUUAACGCCAUACAUUUCUCAUCGAAGUGCAGCAGCAAGCACUGCGCGCUCGCUAUUUUUAUUGCUGCUUCUCAGUUCAAAUCACAGCUUUGCGAAAUGGGACAAACAAAUGUUAUAUUGGAUAUUGAAGAUAGUCGCGGCGAUUUUAUUGGUCAACAAACCACGCCGCCGGAGUUGCCAAUUUACGGUGAUCCCCACACGGAAAUUGCACUGGAUCUAGUCUUCCCAAAGGGGAAUCCGACAUUCUUGCUGGACGGCAAGAAAUUGCAGCUGCUGCAGCCGCUCGAUCGCGAUGAGGAGAAUCUGAGUCACAUUGUUUUUCAGGUCUCCUGUUCGAUUCACAACGCAACCAACAAGCGACACAGCAUUCCGAUUAUUGUGCGCGUAUCUGAUGUCAACGACAAUGCGCCGCGCUUCAUGAACACACCCUAUGAGGUCACCGUGGCGGAGAGCACUCCCGUUGGCACAACGAUCUUCCGUAACAUUCAAGCGCUGGACAAGGAUGCCGGUGUUAAUGGACUCAUCGAGUAUUUUAUUAUGGAAGGCAACACAAACACAACGGAAGAUGAGACAAUGACAAUUGCCGAUGGUCAUGGUACAUUUGCAAUUUCCUUUCCACAUCAAGGGCAGGUGACUGCCGCUAAACCGCUGGAUUACGAGAAGGUGCAUAAAUCCAUAAGGCCUCCGUAAAUAUUUGGCCGCUGGUGUAACCAGGUGCUAUUAGCACCUCGGCGUUCUUCUGUUUGCCAUCGAGUUCAUUGAGUGCUACGACCAGCGGUUGUUGGGCGAGCAUAAACAGGAAAUUAAAGUUCCUGAUAUAGUGCAGUUGGCUUUUCUAACGGGUAAGUGUAUGUGUAAUUAAAAUCAAAAAGUAUAUUUUCAGAAUCUUCAUUGUUGGUUUCGGUCCAUACGGUUCAUUGAGCGGUGCUGCUAAUUAUGAUGAGAAUAUAGAAUUGAAAUGCCUAGGACGCGAAAAACACUGCACGCGUUACAAAAUUCUUUACGGAUGGCUCAUGCAACACAUUACAAGUAUUUUUUUAGAAUCUCAUACAAUAUCUAUACACGAGUAUAUACCAUAUAUUCAAAUUUAGCUUUUUUAAUUUACUAUAAUCUGUCGAU